CUCCAUGCAUUCUCGUUUUCGUGAGAACGCUGAUAUAGGUUGCGCGCAGUAACUUCGCUUUUGUACUCACCAAGACGUACCCCACCUUUCACCCACCAGCACGCAGCAUCAUGAGCGAGAACUGCGAUAGCAAGAAGACAGGUCCACCACCAUUGCCUGCCUUCGACCCCACAAACACUCACACCUAUCCGGCUAGCUGCCACUGCGGUACAGUGUCCUACACCGUCUCCCUUUCGCCGCCGCUUCCAGAGUGGAAAGUCGUGUCCUGUAAUUGCUCCAUCUGCCAGCGCAACGGGUACUACCUUGUGUAUCCGUCGCGCGAGCAGCUACACAUAAGCAGCGGUGAAGAAACAUUGAAGAGCUAUUCGUUUGGGCCGAACAGGAAUUUGCAUAUGUUCUGUGGGAGGUGUGGGAGCAGUGUGUUCUUUGAUCCAAGGAUGAAGGAGUUUGGUGAGGGUAGAGGACUGGAUUUGUUGGGCAUCAACGUAAGUCUGCAUCUUGUGUUCAUUUAGUCCCUAUCAGAGUUGAAGUUUGAGCUGAUGAUGAGCAGGUCCGUAUGUUCCAUGAUGUGAAUCUUGAGGAGUUGAAUGCUGUCCGUGUUGAUAAUCGUUCAAAGGAUGAUAAGAAGUCAAGAUAGUCU